AUGGCGGCCUACGAGUGCAUUCAUUACACAAAAGAUGUGGACGCACGCUUCGCUGGUACCGCCUUUACCGCCGGUCUUGGGCGACGUGCUGCCAACGCCCUCGUACGCGAGGGCGGGGAAGGCACUUACCUCGUGCGCUACAAUGAAACACACGACUUUUUCGUCCUCACCGUCUGUUUAGACGGACGCGCUGAACAGUUUAGAAUCCACGUGGGUAACGAUGACCUCCUGACCCUGGACUUUCACGACUGGCAACCUUCCAUCGAUCAGCUUGUGGCCGAGGCCACGCAUCGCGGCUUCAUUGUUGAGCAGCGGCGCAUUCACCUCGGACGUCCGGUCGAGACCAUGCGCCUGUCGUUCUACCGCCGGGCAAUCUGGUUUGAUGAGCACAUUGAACGCGACGACGCCCUACACGCCCUGGCCCAACAACCCGAGGGCACAUUUGUGGUCCGCUGCAAUCGCCGCGGUGGUCUCUCCCUGACCCUCGCUCUUGCUCCGGGUCAAGCGCCGAUUAACUACGUCAUUCACCGCACCUUUGAGGGCUACACGGUUGCCGAUGAGCUGCCACAGCCCACGCUCAUGCAUCUCAUUGAGGACAUCGUCAAGCGUGGCUACCUGACCACCCCGGAUGGUUACCAGCUGCCCAUUACGCAGCCCCUGCGCUUGGCCCGUACGGCGCGGGCAGCUGCCGCUAGUACUGGGAGAGUCCGAGAUUCGCGUGCCCUGCCCGCCCCGCACCGCCACCGCUCCCGCGACGACAGGGCAAGCCAGCUAGAGAUGGCGGACGUCUCUCGCUCACUGCGUGGACGUGGACGCAGAAACGUUGAGUCCCAGCGCCACCCAAGGGCAUACGAGCGUGCUUCUACGUACCAUCCCGACUCGGGCAGCGAGGAUGAGCCGCGCGCCUGGUCUCGAACUUCAGACCAGCAUCGCGGUUACGAUCGAGAUGAUCAAAGGCGCACGGGGGGAUCCGCACCUGGCCGCCACCACGGUAGGCGCACCCACCACUCCGGCGCGUACGCCCACGAUGAUGUCAGCAGUCACGAUUAUGAUGACUACGACUACGACGACCGUGUCAAUCACGACGACCACAAGCGUCAUUCCAAGCCGCGAGCGCGGCCGUUCUCGACACACCAGCCCGAUGCUUCCGACUCGCGCCGCCGUCCGUCACAGGACGCCCGCCCCUCGCUCUCCGACUCUUUCCAGCCCUCCAUCGCUGACACGUACAUUUCAAUUCAGCCCCCAGUGCCGAUGGCCGGCGGGCACUUUCGUCCUUCCGUGACUUCGCCCGUGAUACCUCCGACCGAGCCAUCCGACCACUUUCGUGAGCCCGACCUACCAGAGCCCGGCUAUACGCUGGCUUCGGACCUCCACGGUGCAUAUCGGCGUGAAGCCGCCGACAGCUACACAGACGAUGAGGCCAAUGCCUCGGGCAGUAGUGCCGACGAGGCUAGUGACCUAACUGAGCAGCCGCUCCCUCCCGCAGAUGACUACGACGACUAUGCUCUGGUGGCGCGCAACACAACAACGGCCACGGCAGCACGCGUCGGUCCUGCCACCGCUGCUGUCGAGCCUGUCCAGCCUGUAGGGGCUUCACGGACUGGGACUACGACGACAGCCGCUGCUGCCCCCGAGCAGGUGCUCAUCGCACAGCGGCGGAUGAGUGAGGCCGCUAACAAGCUCCCCUUGGAUCGGAAUCCCACGUUUGCAGAAAAGCAGCGCAUGCUCAUGGAUGUGGCCGAUCUUGACCGGCCAGGGGACCAAGACGAUGACGACGACGACGACCUGGGCAGCGAAGCAGCUGGCGGCGCUGCCUCAGUCGUUCUGGCCGCCGUGCAAGCCGAAGACCCACCCCAGUCAGGCGCCUCGCUGCCCAAAACGUACAUUCCAGUGGUUCAACAAGCAUUUUUUGGAUCAAGUGCUGCCAAUCCCGUCUUUCCCUCGAGUCGCUGGGGUGGAUUAAAGCGUCUACCGCUCACCGCCAAUCGCGAGGAGGUGAACGAAAAUUACCAAAUUCGCGAAACGGUCGUCGAUCGCGUCGAGUUCUGGCUCAUCAUUCAACUCGGGCUUGAGAUGCUGCAGAUGAUGGCCCUUGUCCUUUACGUUGGGUAUGACGUUCUUCCUCGGGCCUUUCGAAUUUACACCUUUGACAUCCUGCAGGUGCUGAUCAUGCAGCUCUCUGGCUUCCGCUCUGGCAUCUAUCAACAAUUUGUCGCCGGCACCUGCAUGGCCAUCGUCAUCGCAAUUACCUACAGCUACCUCUUCUGGUCACGCCAAGUGAACAAGCGUUGGCGCCUGCUGGCCUUCUCGACCUUGAUUGUCCUGGCGCUACCCAUGACGCUCUGGGCAGCCCAGGUCGCGGUGUGGGGACCGCCACUUCAGGCCCAUCACCCACUCCACCGACGCAGCGAAGCAUCGGACCUUGGUGCCGAUUUCUUUUUCUCUGUGGCCACUGACGCCCUGCUGGCGGGCCUGCCUUGCUAUCGCGACGCCGAGGACCUGCCAACAGUCCUCAUUUAUCUCGUUGCCGCAUUGGGCGGGGGCAUCCUCCUCCUCGUCCUGCCCUUUUCUUUGCACGAACGCAUCUCGCAGGGCGUGCGCAAACUGGAACUCGACUUUUGGCGGCGGCGCCGUCUGGAGGAAGAGUUUGGACGAUCUCCUCUGGAGGAGCAGCUGCAACGUGAUGGUCUCAACGGCGAGGCUUCUCAACGCAACUCGCAAGUCCUGGACCACCGGUUCUCGCCGAGUCCGCCUCCACAAGGCGGCGCGAGCCCGGCCCUAAAUUCUAAACGGGGCCCAUCUUCACGACCAUCACGCGCCGUAUCGCCUGAUUUUCUGCAGUCCAGCCCCCAGAUUAAAGGUCCUGGGGACUCACGAGGUCCCUCGCCAGCGCUCCGUACCAAUGCGCGUCGUGCUUCCCUAUUGAUGCCUCUGGACACACCGGCCGCGUUGCUGCUUCAGGAGAUGAAGGUCGUUCGUGUGCAGAGCAAGCUAGACUGGGAGCGUCGGCUGCGCAGUGACGAGGGUCUUUGGCUGCCCUUUUACGAUGGGCUGCGUUACCAGCGCUCCUAUUAUCACGUUGAGAUCCUGGCGCUCAAGUUUUUCGUCGUGGCAGUCACCGUGCUUCUUGAGCCCUACAAUUCAUGUCUUGGCAUUGCCGAGCGGGAGCCUUUUGCGUAUGCUCGCGAUGGCGCCAUCCUUGCCGCCGCACUUGCUGUCUUGUGUACCUAUCGAUGGCGGAGUUACUUUCUCAAGUCCCGCCUAUGUGGCUUGGUUGCAACGUUGCAACUACUUAUUUUGGUUCGGCGUGUCGUGCGCGGUGACGCCGAAGGCUGGGCUUAUGGCUUUCACGCCCUUUGCCUGCUCAUCGUGUUGGUGUACAUCGGCGCCGUUUUUACCACCCGCUACAUUCAGCAAAAGCGUAACCGCAACCUGCCAAACAUGUUGGAUCCAGCGUAUGAUCCUUGGCAAUGCAUUCGCAAACAAAUGUGGGAGCCGACCUGGGACCUUUUGUUUAGUGGUAUGCUCAUUUUGGCUCAGUUCCGGGCUCAUGGUGAUUCUGCCUCACCAUGUGUCGAACCUCAGUUUCGACCUCCAGCAGACGCACAUCCCGUUUUCUACCGCCUCGCGAAGGGGGCCCCGGACAUGAUGCAACCGACUCCUGACGCCAAUCCCGAGGCGCCGUUUACUGUCGGCGAGCGCCAUUAUGAAAAUAAGCACAUCUGUCGCCGUUUGGGUCCCAACAACUUUCGGCGCGCUCUUCUGGGUCAUCGUGGAUCGCGCUUCAAACUGCAACGAGAGAUAGCCCAAUUUUUGGGACCGGAUGCGUGGCACGAGGGAACUGGUCAAUUUGGCACACUACACGCAGCACCUUUCCCGUUCACCUUGGUGUUUCGCAGUGAUAGCAAUGGCCAUCGCCGAGUGCUCCCCCGUGACUUUGGACCCAUGCUGGACUUUGUUCGCACCAAUAGCUCAACGGACAUUCAGGCCCUUCGAAAGGCCCGGCGCCAACUUCGCGCGCUAGAUGGGCAGCGCGUUGCCUUGGCCAAACGCCGCAUCACCAAGACAGUCAACAUUCAGUUUGAUCACGGAGAGUUUCGCCUCAAGUUUAUUGACGCCAACGACUUGUGGCUGCCUGAAGUGGAUGGCAUUGCGCCGAUGAAUGUGGGGCCUGGCUUCAGCUUGAUGCUCGUUUUGGAGGACGGUUAUGGCAUUGAUGAUUCUCGCCGUGAGCAUCAUGUCAAGCAGCACGUGUUGACUGAAGUUGACUUUGAUCUAACCGCCGGGUUCUCAGUCACUUCGAAGCUGGCUGAGUUGUUUGCACAAAACGACGCUCUCCUCGCGCAGCGCAUGCCGCUCAUUGAGGCGAGCCUCUUGGGUUACAACCAGCACCUGCAGCACGAGCUCUGGUCACACGACGAGACCCUGUCCUAUCGCUUUCACGCCGAAGUCUAUUUGAGCCCUGGCUCCAAUUGGGCUCAGGUCGAGGAGACAAUUCGCUUUGAGAAAAAUACGGCCAUCCAGGCCGUCGUUGAGCAUCCGGUCAUCAUGGGCUUGCGCGAUCGAGUCGAGUUUCUGCGACGCCACCCGGCGUGUUGCGCUUGGGCCCUGUUUUGGCACCACAUUUGGGAGUUGCGGGGUCGCGAUCCAGAGUAUCAGCGGCUGGCCCAGUUUUACAACCCCGACUUUGGUGCUUCCUUAGCUUGGCGCCCGAUGCGACGUGAGCAUUUGGCUCGCAAGCUAGACACGGAUCUUUUGCUGAGUGAGGGGGAGAUUGAAUACUUGUAUGCCAUGAUUGAGCAAGUCUGUACCGGGAAGCUACCACAGUACAAGUUGGAGCCGCCCAAAUUCAAUAGCUAG